CACGGAUCCCACAUUACAUCACAGUUGUCCCAGCAGACGCGCGCGCGCUCAGGAGACUUUCCUCGCGCAGUUUCCUUCAGUUUGGUGUUUUCUCUCUGCAGCGAUGCUCCCCUUCAAGCGAACUUUUGACAGCGAGAAGCAGCAGCUGCAGGAGCUGAACAGCAGACUGGUCCAGUACCUGUCCCGAACCAAGCAGCUGGAGCAGGAGAACGCGCGUCUCAUCACUGAGAUCAGCCACCUGAAGCAGGUGAAGCAGAGCCCCGAACGGCCGCAGAACUACCGGGCGGAGACGCGCGACCUGCGCAGGAUGGUGGAGCAGCUGGCCUUUGAGAAGUCCCAGGCGGAGCUGGAGCGGGAGAAGCUGUGGCGGGAGCUGCAGACGCUGCAGUCCGCGUGCAGCGAGCAGAGCGUGGCGUGCCGGGACAUCAGCGGGGAGCUGCGCGGCUGCGAGCAGGAGCUCCAGCAGGCGCACAAGGUCAACGGGGAACUCCAGCAGCGCCUGCUGCAGCUGCAGAACGAGUGCAAGCGCGUGGAGGAGGCUCACAGGCGGAGCCUGCAGCACCUCCACCGGCAGGUGGAUUCCCGGGUGGCGCCCAUCGUCACUCAAACUUACCGCGGGCCGCCGGCGGUGUCGGUGGAAGAGGUGCAGGAGUACGCGCGCGGCCUGUCGGAGGGAUGGAUCGAGACGUUUGAAAUGUACCAGAGGAAGGUGGAGGAGAUGGAGCGGGCGAUUCAGGAGGACCAGGCGAGGAUGAGCGACAUGAAGACGGAGAAGAUGAUGUACGCCUCCGAGCUGGGGAAGCUGCGCACAGAAACGGAGAGACAGGCGCAGAUCCAGAGGCGCCUGGAGGAGCAGCUGAUGGACAUGCAGCAGAAAUUCCAGCUGGAAUUCAACGAAUAUCAGAUGAUUAUUGAACAGCUGGAGCUUGAAAGGAACUCACUCUCUGAUGCCAUGGCAGAGAAGAUGAGGGAGCAUCAGCACCUCCUCCAGGUGAAGAUGGAUCUGGGCAUGGAGGUGGCUGCUUACAGAGCUCUCCUUGAAAAUGAAAAAACUGGAUUGCAAGAUGCUCAUAAAAGGAUGAACAGACCUCAACGAGAAAGAAUAAUAGAUAUCAAGGGUCCAGCUCAAACCUACACCCCCAGAUCGUCCUUCCUAACCUCGUCACAACGCCCAGAUAUCAAGUACACGUCACCGAUGAACCUGAGAAGAUCCCCCAGGGUCCCCUCCAGCUCUGCGAGUCCCCCCAGGGUCGUUCCCAUUUCAGUGGUUGGGAAGGCUCGACACCAGAGCCCAGCCUCCAGAAGGGAUAUGAUCUCAUUCAACAAAGCUCAAGCUGCUGCUUCCGUCCCAUUGGCGCCCCCAGCCUUCACCAUCAAAGACAAACGAGCAGGUCAAAUCGAACAGGAAGUAAAUAGAAAUGUGCAGAAAACAGCCGGGAGGCAGGAAACUGGAAGAUACAAACCAGACUCUGAGGACAAACGAGUCAGUCAUACAGCUGAGGCCAAAUCAGUGAGGGUGGUGUCACCUCCAGCGAUGAUUCUUGGUUCAAAAAAAGAGGCAGAAAGCAAAAAGCAGGUUUUAGAAAAGAACGAGAGAGGCAGUGUGCACGAUGUAUUCAAGGAGAAAGAUCAAACGGAUACUGCAACAGGUCCAACCGAGAAGAAGAUACUAGACUCUGUGUCUGUAGAGGAGAUCAUAGAGAAAGUGAUCAAACCAGCAGGUUUAGAAGCUAAGGCUUGUUCAUCAGGAGACUCAAAGGUCACCUAUCAUGUUGAGAAAAGUCAGGAAGAUGAUGGCAGAACAAAAACACAGAUCGUGCUGGAGUCCAAAGUAGAGGAAGAGCUUGAUGUUUCUGCAGAGUCCGCCCUGGAGGAACUCCUCAGUCAAGGCGUGAAGAGGGUGUCUCUAGAGAGCAUGGACGAUACUGCAACAGCAAGCAUGAUCAAGAAUCUGAUAAGCAGCAUUCAAGGAGGAGAAAACCUACAAAACAGGUCCGUCAAUGUGGAGAUCAUUGAGGAACCUAUGGAGCCUCACAGUGACGAGGAGGAUGGGGUUGAACCGAGCAAACCGAGUUUCUACGAGCCAUCAACGUACUUUCAAAUCGAGGAGGUAGAGCAUGUCCCUCAUGAAGUUCAAGAAGAAAAGCAGAGUGACGACGGUAAGAAGUCGUCCUUCAGCACUCAAGACUGGUCUAGUCGUAGAUCAGUGAAAGUCUAUGAGGUCUCAAGAGACGACGGGUCUCCACAAUUCUCCCACGAUCAAGAGUAUUUCGUGUCCACACCAGACGACAACUUUUCAGAAACAGAAGGAGGAGGAAUAACCUCCUAUGGCCGCUACGGAAUUGUUGAUGACCUGUCAGAUGAGCGCUAUUAUCAAGAUGAGAGCGUUCCCCAGAAGAGAGUUAUUGUUGAGGAAAGUGACGAGUCCAAGUACAUGUCAGGGGACAGCUCGUUUGCCAAGGAGAGUUUUCCAGAGUGCAUCAUUGAAGAGGAGGUGCGCGUCUCCCCGGACGUGCAAGAGUCAGUCCUUGAAUUCCUGAGGGAGGACUCUUUGGAGCCCAAAGACCAGCUGAAGGGAGCUUUAGAGAAGCUCCAAACCUCUGUUUCCGGACCGCUGAGGGAAGAGCUGGCUUUCCUCACCAAAGUUAGCAGCGAGAGUCCACAGAAUGUGGCUAUCAAGAAGGUGGAACAGUCAGCUGACAAUGGAACCGUGACUGUAGUUGCAGAGCUCAACGUGUCUCAAACCCUUGAAGACUCCGGUCUGCUGGAUUCUGAAGAUGUUUCUGAAGAGCAGAUCAUGGCAGCUUUGAGGUCUUCUAACCUCGCGCUGGAGAAAUCCUUAGGUGGAGGUGCAGGUGGAGGGUACAGCAUCAAGGUUUUCGAGGAAAGCGAGCACGUCAGCGGAGAUGGCUUCAAAGGCUUCAGCGAGGAAAGAAAGAUAACAACGGAGAUGAUCGAAAAACACGUGAAACUCGGGCUGCCGGAGAAGUCCUUCACCUUCCAGAUGGACGUUGAGAGCAGUCACGCUGAGACGAGCUCAGAGAAGCAGCUGCAGUUUGAAACGAUGGAGUCUCCAGAGAUCUCUCACCAGAAAAAGGUUGCAACAGUUUACCUCGAAAGUCCUCCAGAAAACUAAGUAAAAAAUAGCCAAAAACAUAAAACUAAAUUUUUUCUUAGCAGUUGGCAAACAAACAAAAAUGACCAGAAACAAGUGAGCUACAAAUUCAUUUUAUUUGAUCAAAUUAGUUACCGUAU